AGGAGGAGACCUUAAAAACGAGAGACUAGUGAAGGACUGAAUUUCUUCCUGCUGGUGUACCCCUUGGACUUCCAUCUUCUGUGAGUCAAUAAAGUUCCUCUUGAGUUUAAGAAAAAAUGAUGAAGACUCUGGUGACCAAGCAUCCACUGCCUCUGCUGCUCCUGCUGCAGUUACUACAACCACUGCAUUUUUGCCAAAGUUAUCAGGGUAUUUCCAACCAAGAUAUAGACGAGUAUGAAGAAAUGAGGGAGGAAUUCUUUGGUACAGGCCCUCCAAGACCUUUUACCAAAAAAAAAUUUGAAAGAUUUUAUAUUGUUGAACCUGGAAGACCAUUAUAUGACUCCGAAUAUUGUAGGGACGUAAUCAUGGAAAGAAACGUUCAUUUCAGGCUAAAAUGUGUCACCGAACAUUAUUUUGUCCUCUCAAACUUUACGGAAAUGCAAAGGAUCUGUUCCUCAGUGUUUGUACCAUGUAAGAAUGGAGUUAGGAAAUGUAAGAGGAGCAGAAAUAUAAUAAGUGGAGUAUAUUGUAAUUUCACAGGAGGAACUACAAUGCCAGAUUGUAAUUACGAUACAUUUGAAAGGCAAGGUUUCGUCCUUGUCACUUGUCGAUGGCAAAAUGAUAUUCAAUCACUUAUUCCUGACAGUAUAAAUGAUAUUGUGACACCAUCUUCAGAAUAACCUUACUUAGACUAAGAAGGUCAUUCUGUCAAAAGUGAGGGAGAAAUCAUCUGCUCUAGGAAAGGACACGAUACCUUUCACAUUGAGGAAUAGCAUUCUCUAAAAAGAGAAACAGUGGUAUAGGCCUUAGUCCCAGGAAUUUAGGAGCCUGAGAAUCAUGUGUUCGAGUUCAAAACCAGUUGGAGCAAUUUAGCAAGCACCUGUCUCAAAACAAGAAGGGCUGGGGAUGUAGCUCAGUGGUGGGACACCCCUGGGUUCAAUCCCCAAUAAACGCCCCCCCAAAAAAAGUGUGUGAAGAUGUCCCCUUUCCACACUGAUUCUUAUCAAUCAGUAUCUUUGAUUCUAUUCACUGUCAUCAUCUCAUCAUCCACCUCCCUCCCUGCCCCAACGCCACUCCAAGGCAACAAGGGCCAGGUUCACAGACAGUGCUCUGUCAGGUGGCUCCACACAGGUCACAGAACGUUUGAACAAGCUAUGACCCUGGAAACCUGAAGUGAGAGGAUGGCCAGCUGGAAGAGAAGCAGGGAAUGGUUGCUUGUAUGUGCUCCAAUGGCUUACUCAUGUGA